UGUGCCGUCACAUCUUACAAGGAUCUCUCUGCAAUGUCAAUAAUCCAGUGGAUUAUCUUUUGUUUUUCCAACCGUUCCUUUGUGGACGGCAGCAUUUUUCAGUUCUGAUUUGAGGCUGGAAGCUUCUCACUUUUCUGUUGUUGUGUUUUUCACUUUUCCCUGAGUGUCAAGGGGCAGUAAUCAUGCUGGAUGCUGCUGCGAUAGCGGAGGUGCAGGCUGGACUUUGCAUCUGGUCUUAUCGGGCGGCCAAGGCGGUGCACGGCGCUCCGGCAGAGGCAGAGCUGCACGACGGUUUCUGCAUCUCUAGACUCUCUCAGUCUGCUCCAAAUGCAGCUUAGUUAAGCUGUGAUUUACCCACAACACUCCUGCAGGAAGUAGCAGCUUUAUUCCUGCGGUUUUGAGUUGAUCUUAGGCACCGGGUUUCCUCGGUUGUAAAGGCCGGGAAGGUUGGGUUUGGUUCCUGAUCCGGAGGCGGUCGUAAACCUUUGAACCGUAUUAUUUGUUCUUGAGACGACUCCCUGAAGCGUCCGCGCCCCCGACCCAUGUGACGGUGGGUCUGGUUGUUGAUGCUGGGGACUUCGGUCAACAUUUACCGUCCUCAGACACUUUUUCUGUUAUCUGUUGUGAUUUCAGGGAUCAGACCGAUGGAGAGUUUCUCCGGAGAUACAGGAGAAGCUGCAGAGGACUUCUCAGUGACAGGUCGCAGUCAGCGGUGGUGACCUGGAUCCGUCUCUGUCUCUGACUCUGUCAGGACGUAAAAGGUCAAAGAUCAAGUCGAUGAAAAGCCGUCUGUUGUCGAGGACGAAGCAAGCGGAUACGGAGGACGCCGCCAAACUCAGCCAGUCGGCCGGUGACGUCACGGCGGGGAAGGGACUGGGGUCAGACGAGGAUCUGGCGUUCUCCCAGGACACGAUGGGAUCUCGAGCGUGGUCCUGCGAGAGCAUCUUCCUGGCCGACGACCCCGUGGACCCUGAACCGGCCCGGAUCUUAUCCCAGGAGAACGUCCACAGCAAGAUCAAAGCUCUUCAGAUGAAGCUGCAGUUGCAGAAGAUGCAUCUGGGCCCACCGCCGGCGGUUCUGCCGGUCCGAUGUCCGGAGGAGCCGAGCGGCCGCUCCGAGGACGACCUUCUCCAGAGCUCCUCAGGAGAGGUCAUCACAGCCCAGGAAACCCUCACCCAGACGACGUCCCAGCCGUCCUCGGGUCUGUUCUCAGCCGUCCUCAGGCCGCAGACCAAAUCUCUGCCGCCAACGCCGUCCCACCCCAUGUCCGUCCCCGUGCCCCAGAGUUCCUCCUCCUCCACCGUCGAGGCGCCGCUGGACUUCGGCGCGCCGGCCCAGCUGAGCACCCGCCUGGAUACGUCCGCCGCCCGCCACCGGAUGUCCAUCAAACCCCGGAACCAGCGGGCCAGCACCAAGAAGAAACCCCUCGCCGCGACGUCCUCCAGCUCGCCGUUACCCAGCCUCAACAGCAUCGACCUCCCCGACUCUGCCAAGGACCAGGAGCUUGUUGCCGUGGACAACGAGAUGGAGGAUGAAGCAGCGGACGUCUCUCCUUCACAUCCUCCGCCCAAGUCCUCGGCGGUGUCGCUGGUCUCCUUUGACCCAGAACCCAAACCCCUCGGCCAAAGCGCUACUCCUCCCGCGACCGUCGCCUCCCAGGUCCUCCGGGCGAAGCCUCCCAUGCGUUCGGACACACUGACCCGCGGACGGCCGCACUCGUCCUUCAUCGAGUCAGAACCGAGGGAUUGGGUGGAUUUUGGGAAACAACAUACGUUUGUCGAUAAGAAAACCGCCCUGAACAAAUCUGCGGCGAGGGAAACGUCGCCCGACCGGCUCCACAAGGCGUCCAGAAGGUCUUCCUCGGCUCAGCUGUGGCCUCAAGGGGAGGCUGAGAGCACGAAGGGGAUAAAGCGACCGGCACCGAGAACCGGAUCUUUCAAGAUCUCCCUCCGCACCGUGAAAACCCAAGAAGAGGAAGCGAGACCGCGAGCCGUCAGCUUCACGGGACAAACCGAAGAGAAGAGCGUGAAGGAGGAACCCGCAGGCUCCCAGGUCCGAGGAAACCGCUUUGCCGUGGGGAGAAUCCGGCCAGAGGGAGACCCGAGCAGAACCCCGGUCCCUCCCCAGGACAAGAAGGACACUCUCAAAACUGCAGAACCAGCGGCAGAUACCACGCCGGACACUGGUGCUGUGGAGGCGGAGGAGAUGGAGAGCAGCCAGGAGCUGGACGAAGAGGCAGAAGAAGCUAAGGAGGUCCAGGAAGACGAAGCAAAGUCUGCGUUUGGCGUCAGACUUCGCGCCACGAGUCAGUCGCUCAAAUACCAGUCUCAAGGCUCCUCCAGCCGCCACCAGAGAGCGCCGCAGCUCGAGGACCCGGGAGACCGACGGAGGAGGCAGGAAGUGAGCAACAAUGUCAGUCGAAUGCCAGAGAGGCUGACGGCGAGCACGUCGUCUGUCCUCAAACCUGCAGAUCCAGCCCCGUCUGGCAUCUCCCUUGCAGCCAGGCCUCCACCCACCGACGGUCCUCAGGCACCGCUUCCAGAUGUCCUAAAGGUCUCCUCAGGCCUCAAAGAAACCCCAGCUCCCCCACCGGAGCCUCAGCCGGCCCCCCAGACCUCCUCGUCCGAGGUCUCCUGGAUGAGUCUAGCGAUGGAGAAGACCAGGAGCAUCCAGCAGCUUUUCAGUCGGUUCCCGCUCACUGGGACACCGGCGCCUGCUCGGACACAAGCUCCGGCCUCGCAACCUUCCGAGACGACGGUCGCAGCCCAGAGUCAGCAGAGUCCGGCGCGGGUCCAGGCGGCGGUUCAGGCGCCUGCAGAGGCGGCGAAGGAAGAACCGGCUCAAACUGGCAGAAUUCUGACCAUCAAAAUGUCGUCAGUGGCAACACCUCAGAAGACGAUGGCGGCGUCUCCGGUUCAGUCGAAUAACUUUAGAGAAUCACAAACCAAAGACGAGCAGUCGGAGCCGAGCACAACCGUCUCCCACUCUCCGUCUCGUUCGGUCCUCCAGUCCAACCCGUGGAUGGCACAGUCUCCCCUGCGCUCAUCUUCACAAGCAGUGACGUCUUCUUCUGCACAUGCAAACGCUGCACCGUCUCCGGCACAGUCCUACGUUUACUCCGGCCAACAGCAGCAGCAGCCGUCCUGGACCAAUCGAGCUCUCCAACCCGUGACCUCAACUCAGACGGCAGCAUCUCCGGCCUCGGCAGCUUCUACGUCAGACCCCCCCGCGGAGAGAGGAGAGAGAGAAGAUCCAUCCUGGUCCGUCAGGUGGGCGGUCCGGACCGGCUCCGUCGGGGAGAGGGCAGCGUUUCUGGAAAAACGGGCGGAAUGGAACCCAUCAGCUUCCCCGAAGGAGGUGGAACUGAAGACGUCAGGUGACUUUCCCUCUCCUGCAAAAACUUGCCCUCCAGCAGAAGGAAGGCCCGGGCCGAAGCCUGCAGAAUCCAUCCCGACCAGAGUCCCGGAGAAGCCUCGGGAGGACCGGUGGCUCAGGAAAACCGCGGGCUCGCACCCGUCCCCGUCCUCGUCGCCCACGCACCCGUCGGUGCUGCGGUCGGCGCCCGAGGGCGGCCAGCCGUCCUGGAUGGAGCUGGCCAGGAGGAAGUCCAUGGCCUGGAGUGACAAGCCCACGGACUGAGCGGGACCGCCGGGUUCAGACCCCGAACCCCCGGAGACCAACGACCUUCAUUUAUGUGCCAGAGAUGUUUCCAAUCAGCUCCGGUUGUGUUAUUAUUUAAUUGUAAAGUUUUAAUGUUUUAUUCAGCGACCGAGACGGAAAACGAUAUUCUAUCGGUUUGCGUUUUAUGAAAGAUUUCAUUGCUGGGAGAGGUUUAUGGUAAAUAAUUAAAUUUCUAUCACAGAU